AUUGUUCUCUCUAACAAGAAUAAGUCUUCCAUCUUUCUUCACGUAAUGGGAAACUAUGUUUCUUCCGCUCUAAGCAAAACGUCGUCGUCUUCUUCAUCGGCGGCGAGAGUGAUUCUCCCGGACGGUGAACUCCGUCAUAUUCACGAGCCAACUAAAGCCGCAGAGCUCAUGAUGGAGAUUCCAAACUUCUUCCUCGUCGACGCCAAGUCUUUAAAAAUCGGUCGGAAGCUAAACCCUUUAGCCGCUGAUGACGAUCUUGAACUCAGAGGCUGCCACGUGUACGUAACCUUCCCCAUGACGCGUGCCACGUCAGCAGCCAACGCUUCGGACAUGGCUAGGUUAUUAGCAACCGCCAAGAAACAUCAACGCCGACGUGUCGGAACCAAAUCUUCCGCUGUCGGAACGGCCGUGAAACAUUGUCAUAACGGAAGGGUGUCGCCGGACGGUGAAGUGGAUGACGUCGGGGUGACGUCGGCGGGAUCGAAGCUGAGUUUGGAAGAUAUUGAAGAGUUUUCAGCGGCGGAGUUUAUGCAUAGGAUAUCGAUUUCGAAGUCUAAGAAGCCAAAGUUAGAAACUAUAGAUGAAGAAUCUUUGUCUUAACGUACACAAAAUCAAACAAAAAUGGAAAUUUGAUUUUUUUUUUUUAAGGUUAUUUUUCUUUUUUUAUAUUGUUUUUUUUUGUUCAUUCAUCCUCCCUGCGCAAGUAGUUUUUUCUCUUUUUGUGGUAUUUCAUGUACAUAAAGAGAUAUUAGUCGAGAAUGAACAUGUGAUUUUUUGUUUCUUUCUAUAUCUCCAGAUUCUUAAAUCACCCAUCAACUUUUAAAAGUUUAUGAUUAUAAUUAUCAUGGAAAUUUAG